UUAUAUCCUGAAGAAGAAGAGAAGCGCUCGUUUUGCGAAUCAGACAUUUACACACACACACACACACACGCUGAGCCGUUUCUUGUUUUUGUUGAAGAAUUUCGCUCUCCGAGGCUUCUUCAACACCAAAAAAAAAAAAAUAAAAAAAAAUAACCCGACGAGAAGCCUCUGGUUUUUCUCCAUUUUUAGGGUUUUCACCGAGCUCCGAAUUUUUAUGGCGGAGGUCAUGAACAUGCCCGUCGACUCCCUCGACCGCCGCCGCGGCGACCGCAAGGAGAAAUCCGCCGAAGAUCCUCCCCAAUCCUCGUCUCCGCCGCCGCCCCCUCCGCCACCAGCGAGAAGGCGCGACAGGGACGAGAGGGACCGGAGAGACGACAGGGACGCCGAUCGCCCUCCCAGCCGCCGCGGAGAUUAUCACGAUCGCGGAAACCGAUCUCCGCCUCCGCCGCCGCUCAGGGAGAGGGAGAGGGACAGGGAUUACAAGCGGCGGAGCAGCCUCAGCCCGCCCCCGCCGCCGUAUCGGGAUCGCAGGCACUCUCCGCCCCGCCGCUCGCCUCCGCCGCCGUAUAAGCGGUCGAGGAGGGACGAUGGAGGGUACGAUGGGAGGAGGAGUCCUAGAGGAGGGUUUGGACCUGGCGAUAGAAGAUUUGGAUAUGAUUAUGCUGGUGGAUAUGACCGUGAGAUGGGAGGUAGGCCUGGGUAUGCUGAUGAUAGGCCUCAUGGUCGAUAUGUCGGACGUUCUUCUGGUGCCUUUGGCCCUCCAGAAUGGGAUUCAGGCCGCAGUGCUUUUGGCGAUUCUUUUGGUGUGGGGACUAAUCAAAGGGAAGGUUUAAUGUCGUACAAGCAAUUCAUUCAGGAGCUUGAAGAUGAUAUUUUGCCAGCUGAAGCUGAGCGGAGAUACCAAGAAUACAAGUCUGAGUAUAUUACAACCCAGAAGCGAGCUUAUUUUAAUGCUCAUAAAGAGGAGGAAUGGUUGAAAGACAAAUAUCAUCCAACCAAUUUACUUGCUGUGAUAGAAAGGAGGAAUGAACUUGCACGAAAGGUUGCAAAGGAUUUCCUGCUUGAUUUGCAAAGUGGAACGCUGGACUUAGGCCCAGGUCUCAAUGCCUUAUCUUCAAAUAAAAAGGAACAGCCUAGUGAUCCAAAUUCUGAAGAUGAAGUUGAUGUGGGUGGAAAAAGGAGGAGGCGUUGUAGGACCCCAACUAAAGAAGGGGAUCUUUCAGCUGCUCCUAAGGCUCAUCCAGUCAGUUCUGAACCUAGACGAAUACAACUUGACAUUGAACAGGCACAGGCCCUUGUCCGCAAACUGGAUUCCGAAAAAGGAAUUGAGGGAAAUAUUUUAGGUGGAUCUGAUAAUGACAAGAGUAGGGAGAAAUCGCAUGCUGGCUCUAGUGGUCCAGUUAUUAUCGUUCGGGGCUUAACCUCUGUCAAGGGCCUGGAGGGCGUUGAGUUGUUAGACACACUUAUAACUUAUCUUUGGCACAUUCAUGGCUUAGAUUAUUAUGGAAUGGUUGAAACUAGUGAACCUAAGGGUCUCCGGCAUGUGAGAGUGGAAGGAAAGAGUACUGAUAUAACUAGCAAUGGAGCAGAGUGGGAAAAAAAACUUGACUCACGUUGGCAAGAGAGGUUGCAGAGUCAAGAUCCCUUGGAAAUAAUGACUGCAAAGGAGAAGAUAGAUACAGCCGCAGUUGAAGCUUUAGAUCCCUACGUCCGAAAAAUCAGGGAUGAAAAGUAUGGGUGGAAGUAUGGUUGUGGAGCCAAAGGUUGCACUAAGCUAUUUCAUGCUGCUGAGUUUGUUCACAAGCAUCUCAAACUGAAACACCCAGACCUUGUGAUGGAUCUGACUGUUAAAGUACGCGAAGAUCUGUACUUCCAGAAUUACAUGAAUGAUGCCAAUGCGCCUGGUGGAACUCCUGUUAUGCAGCAAACUGGACAGAGGGACAAGCUACCAAGGCGUAGGUUGGGUCCAGAUAUGAGAUUGAAGGAUGAACGUGGUAACCGUAGAGAACGUGACAAUCGAGCCAACGGAGGUGAAAGAUUUGAUAGGUCUGAGAAUCCAAGUGAAUUUCAGUCCAACAAUGAUGGUUCCGAUGGAGGAAACCUUGAUGAGUCAAUGUAUGAUAGUUUUGGAGGGCAAGGAUUACGUGUUGCUCCUCCCUUCCCCUCGGACAUACCAACACCACCAGUAUUGAUGCCUGUUCCAGGUGCUGGUCCAUUAGGGCCUUUUGUCCCAGCACCGCCUGAGGUUGCAAUGAGAAUGUUGCGAGAGCAGGGUGGUCCUCCCCCUUUUGAGGGUGGUGGCAGAAGUGGACGGCCUGGGCCCCAGAUGAGUGGACCAACCCCAAUUCUGGCUUUAUCUUCAGCUUUGGGGCAGGAUCCCAGACGCAUAAGAAGCUAUCAAGACCUAGAUGCACCAGAGGACGAAGUCACUGUGAUAGACUACAGGAGCUUGUAGAUAUUGUUUUUUUUUGGCAAGGAUGCUCAAAGCCUUGAAUGAUGUUGAGGGGACAAACAAUAUAACCUUCUUUAUGCUUAAAGAUUUUUAUCUGUUUUCGAAAUUAGCAUUGACUAGUGAAACCCGCCGUGAUAUUUGCUGCUUGCUUAUAAGAAAUUCUUGAUUGUAAUUUAGAAUACUUGUGGGAUCUACCUUUGACUUAGUCCAUUACUUGUUCAGUUA